AUGGCACGGGCAUUCGGGCUCAUGCUGGCUGGUGGCUGGAGGCCUGCCCGCUCCAUCGUGUUUGGCUCGUGGGAUGCAAAGGAGUUUGGACUGGUGAGCAGGGGUGGAGGGGCGAGGGCGAGGAGAGUAUGGUACAGUAUCAGGAGGGAGGGACGGAUGGGGCGGACUGUGGGGAUGAGGGAGGGGUGGAGGCCUGAGCGUUCCAUCGUGUUUGCAUCGUUGGCUGCAGAGAAGUUUGGACUGGUGAGCAUGGGUGGAGGGAUGGAUGGGCGGAGGGAUGGGCGGAGGGAUGGGUGGAGGGAUGGGCGGAGGGAUGGGGACGGGGAGACCAUGCUGAAGGAGGGGGGGACAGAUGGGACUAGCUGUGUGGUUGAGAGAGAGGUGGAGGCCUGCCCGCUCCGUCGUGUUUGCCUCGUGGGAUGCAGAGGAGUUUGGACUGGUGAGCAUGGAUGGAGGGAUGGGGCCGAGGAGCCAGAUGAGUGGGUGGAGGACAACGCUCCGCUGCUCUCAUCCCGCGCCGUCGCAUACAUAAACGUCGACACCGCCGUGUCGGGCGCUGGGUUCCACGCUGCUGCCACGCCACAGCUGGAUGAUGUCAUCAGAGAGGUUGCUGAGCAGGUGGAGGAUCCAGACAAGCAAGGCCAGUCGAUGUAUGCCUCAUGGGCUGAGAGGACCAACCGCACCGUCCCCCAUCUUGGCAGGCUGGGCGGCGGUGGCAGCGACUAUGCUCCGUUCCUGCAGCACCUUGGGAUUGCCGCCGCUGACCUGCACUUUGGGGAAGACUACCCCAUCCUGUACGACAACUACCACUACAUGACAACCGUUCUUGACCCUCUCUUCUCCCGCCAUACUGCCACCACCCAGCUCUGGGGCUCCCUUGCCCUGCACCUGGCAGGCAACGCAGCUCUCCCAUUCAACUACUCCACAUACGCCCUCAGGCUCAAGCUCUGGGGCGCUCUCACUAUGCGCCUGUCAGGGGAUGCGACUCUCUCGUUCAACUACUCCACAUACGCCCUCAAACUCAAGGUGGGUGGGUGGGUGAGUGAGACCAUCUUGGAUUCUUCCGUCUCCCACCAUCACGCCAUCGUGCCACCUGCCAGCCCUAGGGGUCCCUUCCCUUGCAUGGCGCCUGUCAGAAGGAUGCGACUCUCCCCUUCAACUACUCCACAUACGCCUUGA